UCACUAUCGCCCGCCAACGGUCAAUGUUAAAUUUGGGGUUAUGUUGUACCGGUGUUAACGUUUGUAUGCAUUUAUCGCAGGCGAUUAGAAUUGUAAAAUAGAAAAUAUUUUCUUACAAGUAUAUGUGUUAUUUAUUUGUGCAAAGACUACAAGUUUUGACAGGCUUUUGAAUACGGUGAUAAUAUUUUCGACAUGGAAGUAGCUCCAAUGGGCAACUUGCCUUGUAGCAAGGAUUUAUGGUCCAUCAUAUCGGGUACGACAUGUUGUUGCGCUAAGGAAACUGUUGAAGAAGAAAUAAAGAAUGCCACUGUUUUACUCAAGGAAGGGCUUCAGUUUUUCAAACCGUAUACAGAUGCAUCGUUGCAGAGCAUCUCUAAAAGAAAUCCACCGCCUUUACAGCAAAUGUUCGACUUGAUUAGCAAACUUGCCCCACUCCUUAACUUGGACGCCACAAUUACCUGGGAUCUGGUGUGCAAUUUUGUGUCCUACGAAUACAGAAAUUGCGCCGAGACCUUUGCAUCACAGCUCUCUGAUCUUACUACCAUAAGAGCGUUAAUCGAUGAUAUUUGGAAUUUUUAUUACUCUGAGAGAGUGACCCUGAUAAAAUGCCUCAAACUUAUGAUUGAAUAUAAAGACAACAAACGACAUCCCCAUCACAAAGAGUUUGCGAAAUUUUUUAAUGAGAUUCUCAUGGGAAAUUUGCUUGAAUCUGUACGAAAGCAAAUAGAAGCAUUGAAGUUCGUAAAUGCUCCCACACGGUCGCAAUUCUGUACAGAAGAUCAUUUGCAUCGAUUAUAUAAUAGUACUUUAAUUGAAAUGCGCGAGCUACUUCAUAUACUGACUGUGAUUGUACAUGAUGUACAUAUUUCUAGUAAUGAAUUUACCAAGUUUUAUGGUAGCAUUGGGGGUGAACCUAGACGAUUAGUCAGUACAAAAAGCCAUGAAGACAAAGAGGCUAUCACUAAAAAGAUUGAAGAGAUACAGUACAGCCAAAUAGCAUUAUUACUCGUGACAUUGGAUAUAAACAAACAUACUGAUAUGGAAGACUGGAUAGAUAGUGUCAGGAGCAAUAUGCAAGAGAUCUUCGAGCACAAGUGUGUUCGUGAAAGUUCACCGCAAGACGGACCGUUACUCCUGUCGUGGAUGCUAAUAAAUUAUGCGGUUGAUCUGGACAACAUAGACACGUUAAAUCGCUUCAGACCAUUUGGCGUCAAAGCUAUACAACUCGAUGUGUUCGAAUAUCUGCGAGAUAUGAUAAACUGCGAAAUGUUUCAAGAAGAGACCCAUUAUGCUGAAGUCGUUCGAAGCAGCGUUUACAAUCUUCUCUCCUUGGUGUGUGUCUUUGUCGAUGAGGAUCGAUUAAGUACUUUAAAAGGUAUUUUCGACGCACUGGCUGCCAUAGUCAAGUUUCCGGAAUGCUCAGCUAGAUUUUGGGCUGAACAGAAUGACAGUUUAUGGUCGAUUUAUAAAGUUGCCAAAGAAUUGUAUCCCUACAAAUUCGAACCAUUAACCAAUAUAGCUAUUGGUCUGGCGUCCACAACAAUUACGAGUGCCAAAAAGAUCGCGUCAGAAUUGGAUAAUCUACAAUCAUUGACUAUAGAGGUUCCUCGCCAAAGAGAUUAUAGCAAGCCAUUACAGCCAUACAAAGCGGAUUGUAUAAUUCAAAAGAACUCGUUUACUAUACCUAGUAGUUGCGAACGCGAGAACAUUACCGUGUUGUCUAACGAGAAAGAAGUAAUUUUGUUUCGUACGAAAGCGAGUUAUUGGGAUGCUUUGCAUCAUAAAAUAGAACAGUUAUUUUCUCAAGCGAGCAGUGGAAUUACAAAUAUCAGCGCGGUGAAUACUAAUUUACCAGAAAAUGUCCGUCAAGGCCUGAAACUAUUGGAAGCAUUAUUGGCCAAGGAUAUUGAAAUACCAAAGAGCAUGGUUGCUCCUACGGAAUUAAGUUUCGAAAUUAUUAAUCGGUUUUCACAUCCAGCACUACCAACGAAAUUGUAUAAAAUUGUUGCCGUAUGCCUCAGCAUUUCAUCCAAAUUGGUUCUGAGAUAUCCCGAUGACAUUCUCUCGCGCACGCGAUCCGGGGUUUAUCCAAAAUUUGAUAAUUGGAGUCAAGAACCGUUAUACUUUGCGGAAGCGAUUUCCUUCGAUGGUGGUCUCAUCGCGUCGUGGCUCUCAGGAAUAGAAACCAUCGAACAUACAUAUCCCAUUCUACGCGCGUUUCUUGACACCCUAUACAAUUAUCUAAUCGCCAAGCACAGUAAAGAGACAAUGUACACUAUCGAAAUACCGGGUAUGGUAUUUCUGCUGCAAGCCGUAUUACCUAAGCUGGACUCGUGGUAUUUCGAGUCAAACGCAGAAAGGAUCGAUUUAUGGCUAAAAAGUAUGUUUUGUAUUCAUCGAGCUCUGGAUUCAACUUUACCUGAAAACGAUAUUCGCAACAAGUUGCAACUUGUUGUGGUAUAUAGCCUGCUCUACUUGGAGCCACGUCACGCGCUGUUAAAAUUACUUCGGACAGGCGAGCGCACAUUGCACAAUAAAAUGAUCUCAGAGACAAAUUGGAUCAAUGGAAAAGGAUUCAAGAUUAUCAAAAGUGUGGAACUGGCUCUGUCAAUAGUCAAUCGACUAUUAAUGUUUAGAAAGUCUCUAGGAUUAGAACUGGGCGACAGAUCACCCCUCGAAAUUGCUUUGUAUUCCUCUCCGAGAGUACCCAACGGACUUCUUAUAGUACCAACCAUUGUUAAUUAUCUGUAUGUUUGGUUUAGCCCUUCGUUGCAGAAAAUGGCUGUAAGACUACUGAAGAAAUUCGCGGAGGAAUUUUCCAUGUCUUUGCUCGUUUGCAUGGGAAUGGACGGAACAUCGAUACGAGAAACGUUCGCGUUUCGAUUAACUCUGCCAACAUGUGCGAUUGAGGUCAAAGCCGCUAUUUUAGAACUGGUUGCCGUAUGUCUGGAGAAACAACCUGGCUUGACGGAAGCCCUCUUCAACAUCAUGCAUCAAGCAGAACGCAAGAGAAUCUUCCCACGUCCAGCCGAUGAAUUUCUUACCGAGGGUUGCAGUCAAUUCUUGGACUCAUAUUUAGAACGAAUGUACAAGGAAGACGACAUCGUGUGCGAUAAAUUGUACGACAGCACGAUGACAGUAUUGCGCGCCAUGUGGUAUUACAGAAAUGAGAUCCUUGUCAAUUUCUUUCGGAAACGAGAGAAAUUCUGGAGCCAUCUGUUCGCGCCGCUUUUUAAAACUUUGGUGCCGGGCGCGAAGGGUUAUUCUCAGUUGUUGGAUGUAAUUACAUUGGAGUUGUAUAAAAGUCCAUUAUUAGAGAAUAAUUUCGCAAAAAGUUUAAAGGAGCUGUUGGAUAAAUCUAAGGAUCAUUGGAAAAAAUUAGCUAUGUAUGUUCUCGACGUUCCUGCAAACAGCGAAAGCGAGAAUAGUAAAGAACAACGUACAAAGCAAGACAGAAUUAUAGAACCAUUGUAUGAAAUUAAUUUAGAGUCCUGGUACCACUUUAUCGUUAUGCUUACUGACGAUCGAACGGCGAAAAAUUAUCCGAUUAACGUAACGCAGGCACAUCUCCUAACUCAAUUAGCCUUGGAUUCUCUACUGGAGCGAGUGAAGGAACCCAAUGAUUCUAGCAGCGGCAAGAUUCCGAUGUUACUGGCUUCCUUAUCCCUGAGAUGCAUCACCUCUUGGAAACAGAUGUGCGUCGGUGACUCGAGGAUUUUUAAAACCAGACUGUCGCAGUUGACGCAAGAGAUAGCGCAGACUUAUCGCGGCUUUGGAAAAGCCUUGCGGCAGACGAUGAUAUCGUUGCUGCUUGGAUGCGUGCAGCUGGUCAAAAGUACCUUGGCCGAGGAUUCGGCAAGCCUGGAAUAUCUUUUAGCGCACUCUUGCACGAUUGCUAUUUACGAACUAGAGGAAUUGAAGAAAGCCGCCCUUCAGUUGGAACAUCGAAAACAACAACUCUCCGUCGAGCUUAAGACUGACGAGAAAGGUACACAGAAGAAGGCUGACUGUCGCAGCGCGGAGACGCUCCGUGGUAUACGAGAAAGUCUACCGGCGACGUUAUCUAUCAGUAUGGUGACGCAAUUGUUACGAUCGUAUGUUGAACGGAAUGCAAAUUUCAAGCAUCGUCUGAGAGCCAGUUGUGUACAACUUCGCCAGAUGAUACCCGAACUGAUGGUAUGCGUCGGUUAUACACUUCAGAAAUAUCCAUAUCUGAAAUUCAGCGCAGCAGCUCUGAGCCUGUUGGGCGUUAUAUCGCGUUCACCGUAUUGUCCCUAUCCUAUUAAUGACAACGACAUCGCGAAACUCUGGCUCAGCUUGAUUCCACCGGCAGACAUCUCCCACAGCAUGCUCGAUUCGCUGUACGACGAUUCGGCGAAUGGUCAGUGGCGUUGCCAAGACUGGUGGCCAUUGUACACCCUGGGCUUGGAAUUUCUGAUAGGCCUGGUCAGCAGCGAGACGCACAUGAUGUUCGUUAAUCACGUGGUUGUUUUCCUAAAUUCUCACGAACAUCAACUAAUGGUGGUAUCCACGUUACUGAGGCACACUGCCGAUCUGCUGGCCGCCGAUUUGAUACAAUCACUGGUCGCUCUUAUACAUGCUGUAGCCACGCAAACGUACGUUUGGAACGCGAUACAGCCGAGCGUUCGCGAAACUCUUAUCAAGUGCAUGUAUUUGGCGUACGAUAGUACGGUGAACCUGUUGCUGAGGCCGCGGAUACUCAAAUUUAUCAUUGACGGUAUCAGCGUGCAGAGCGCUGAAGAGCUGGAAUCCUGCGAUAGUCGGUUACCUAGCGGCGAGUUGAAACUGCUGGUGAACAAGCUGAUCGUCAUAAAUACAACUUGCGCGUUAUGCUUCGUCCACUUUUCGCCGAAAUUGAACACCCUGGUGGAUACGAUAUAUACUCAGGAUUACUGGUACACGCCGAUGGCCGAGAUGAACUUUGGGCCUCCGCAGAUGAGCAUGAGCUCCGGUCCGCAGCUCACUUACGGUACGAUAAUCAGCUCGACGCAGCUGUUCACCCAGGCUCUUCACUCUCGCUCGCAGCCCGUUGCUGCUUCACUACCCGCGUCUUCAACGUCGCACCCCGGACGCGAAGACAAAACAGAUUCCGCGAAGAAGGAAUGGGAACGCGCCGCGCCAGAAAAUCUUCGGCGCAUGCAUACGAGUAAGGAUCUACGGCGAAUCAUUCACGCGGCCUCCGGCUCAACCUCCAGGACGUCAUCCAACAUUGGCGGAGAAUUCCUGGGAUACGUCAGUGGUCUAGACGUCACCGUGCCAUUGCUCAGCAGUCCUAGACUCGUGCGUCGGCCCUACGACCCACUGAUAUGCGAAAACACCAUUCUCUCGAGAGCAACCGCUUUGGCGACCGGUAGACACGUCACGAAGAGUAGCGGCAGUGGGGCCGCCGGCGCUCCGGGUAACGGUAGUCCAAUCGUAGCGAGAAAUCACAGAUUUAGCGAUCCAUGGUUUGAGUCCAUGGACGAGAAUAAUACACGACUGGCAUUGGAGAUCAAUCUCAUCCUGAUACUGUCACAGGCUUUGGAAGGAGUGAAAAGCCCCAGGCUCGCUUUGCGAGAUCGUCAGCUCAUAGCACGGGAGACCGCCACUGAACUGGGAGUCUUCUUCGAUUUCCUCGAACACCGCGGUACCCCUGACAUCUGGCAAGUGAAGGGUUCUCUGAUAGACGCGGAUACAAGAAGUUCCAGGACGAUUCAAGAUUCGAGCGAUCCAACGCAAACGAAUUUACCGGCGAGACUCCGAAAGGACAGUACUAUUGACAAAGCACCGGUGUGCUCGCCCGACCACGAAAACUCUUCGAUGGAGAUGAGCCAAACUGAAACACGAGAGAAAAGACUUGACGACAGUGUCCUCACUACUGGCGUUUUCAAAACGAAUGUCAGCAGUGUACAGUUCUUACCGUUAAUGGGGAAAUUACUCAAGACAGUUGUCGAGUCGUUGGACUCGGCACAAUUUCGAUAAACAGUAUUUUUGAAACAAUAGUUUUUGAUAUUGAAUUCAUCAUUCUGAAACUAGAUCUGCUAGAAUGAUGAAUAUAAGUGAAUUACAUUAAAAGCUACAUUUUUAUGUAUUAAAAGUUAUUCUUUUUUGACAUAAAUGUAAGUAAAUAAUUUGACAUAAUUGAACAUGUAUAAUAUAAUUAAGCACUUAGCGCGUAUGUUAUUUUGCGAAAGAUUUAAAAAAAUGUUUAUAAAUGCUAAUCGAUAAUGUCUCAAUAAACAUAUUAACUUUUUUUC